AUGCCAACCAACUUAAACUCGCGCUCCUUGCGCUUAACUCUCGCUCUAAUAAUUCCAUUUGCCCUCAUUUGUUACCUUUAUUCGUGGAAUCAAACACCCACCUUGGUCCCCAGUCCCUCCACACCGCAAUCUUUCGAGACAACGACCGGCACAGGGAGCCCGGCCUCAAUAUCAGUGCCUACAAAGGAGCCAUCGACUAGUGACAGGCAUCCCGGUACUUCCGCUGCACCUAUUUACACGCUUCCAGACAAGGUCUGGCAUUCUGCCAAGUUCGAUAAUCUAUCGGAAAAUCAGCGCGAAUGGACCGGCAGCUGGACAAGAAAAAAUCCAUCGAUCCGCCAAGAAUUGCUGACUGAUAGAUCGGCUGAAGCAUUCGUUCGCGCUCAUUAUUUCAAAACGCGACCGGAUAUCGUCGAAGUCUAUGAAGCCCUUCCAAUCCCGAUCCUCCGUGCAGACCUGUUCCGUUACCUGGUUGUUCUCGCCGAAGGCGGAAUUUGGGGCGAUUUAGAUACCUCGUGCGAGAAAGAGGUCGCCGAGUGGGUACCCUUGGAAUACCGAAAUGCGAACAUCGACAUGAUUGUCGGAUUGGAGUUCGACUUUGAAUGGCGAGGAGCGGGAACGAAAAUUGCUUCCCAGUUCUGCAAUUGGGUAUUUGUUGGACGGAAGUCUUCGCGCAAUCUCCAAGUUAUUGUUGACACUGUCCUCAAUAAAUUGGAGGGUAUUGCUGAAGCAAACUCCGUGGGCAUCGAAGGGAUUACCUUGGAAAUGCUUUCAGACGUGGUUGAGGUGACAGGGCCUAAGAUUAUGACAGUCGCGAUCAUGGAGAGUCUCGGGCAAUUGCUCGGUAGAACGGUCGAUGAUCGCGAUUUUGCGCACACUAAACGGCCCAAGUUGGUUGGUGAUGUUUUGAUCAUGCCCGGGGUCUCUUUCGCUGCUCUUCAAAACAGCAACCCGACGGAUCAAGGUGAUCCACUUGUGACGCAUCAUUACGAGGGCUCGUGGAAGAAGGAGGAUGCAGAAGCAAAGGAGCGGAAAAAGCAGAAGCAAGAACAGGAACAGCAGCAACAGCAGCAAGAAGGAUCGCCACCACCACCAGGUGCAGCUGCUGCGACCUGA